AUGGCCUUACUAUAUGGUCGAAGGAUAACGACUCCGGCGGAUUACUCAGCUAUUCAGAACGUAAACAGUAACCACAACACAGCAAAUAAACAGGUUCGAAUCCAGCGAGAGUUACUCAACCGAUUUUGGGAGAGAUGGAAGACUGAUUAUCUUACGUCAUUACGUGAACGACACACGCAAAGUGGUCAAAACAAGCAGACGAUAAAAGUUGGUGACGUGGUACAGGUGCAUGAAGACUGUCCUCGAUUACGAUGGAAACUUGCCGUGGUGGAGGAACAGAUGCCGGGUAAAGAUGGUUUAACCAGAUCAGCCAUGAUCCGUACCGGAAGUGGUCUUACAACACGAGCUAUUAAGAAACUUUACCCCCUUGAGCUGAAUGAAAAUGAGAGACAAUUAAUUAACUUUGAAGCAUUUCGCGGCCCCCAGAAUGUCGGAAAUAACGUACAUUUAUAUACUCAACAGGUGGCCUUUAUGGCCCAGUUGUCAAAACACCUUGCCGAUCCCCCUAUCGGUACCACAGUCGUGUUUGACACAGUGCAUACAAAUAUCGGAAAUGGUUACAAACCUGGACCAGGGAUAUUUGUUGCUCCAGUGGACGGUACAUACAGCAUCAACCUUGUUGCGUCUUCAAGUACUAAGGCGACUUCAGCACACCUGCAUUUGCACAUGAUGCACAACACUUCGAAAGUUGGCUACAUUUUCCUGGAUCACAACUCUGAUAGAUGGCUGCUAAGAUCGGCAACCAUCGUAUUAGAACUGAAAGCAGAGGACACGAUAUAUGUUAAAAUUGGACAUAAAACCGGAACAGGAAUGCUUGCAGGCUGUUGUUUCCAUACUCACUUCAGUGGUUUCCUGAUUCAUUAAAACACAAUUAACACAUAUGCCACAACAGUUAUGUAUAGUAAUGCUGAAAUGAGUACCAAAACAAAGUUAAAAGCUUUGAAGUAAAAUGAUUGAAGAACUCAAUGUAUUUGCAGUAGGUGAGUGGUUCUGCAAUAUUUCCAUUGAUGAGGAUUUUGUUAAAUAUUGCAUUAUUUAUUUCACCUGACUAUGCCUCUUUGUUAAAUGUAUGAAAAUUAUUGUACUAUUUAUUUGAACUGUCAAAACUUGUUCCCGGCUUUCAUUAUAUUCUGUUCACGCGUAUAUAAGAUUAACAUGAAAGCCAGAAACAUAUUUUGACAGGUCAAAUAAAUAGUACAAUAACACAAAGAAAGAUUAAAUGAGGGAGCACAACAGCAAUUGCCACAUUUAUUCAAUACCUGACUAUUCAUUUAAUAGGCAGUUGAUUAAUCUCUUAUUUAUAUUGGACAAUUUUAUACAUAAUUUGAAUCAUGAGUACAUGUAAAACUUACCACAUUUUGUCGAAAAUAUUCUCUUGUGAAAUAAUGGCUUAAACUUUGUAUAUAACUACUUUAACAAUGAAGACAAAGUGUUUAUUUGAAGUGCAAAUGAGGGUUUAAGAAGACGAACAGCUGAUUUUGUCACUGUACCGCGACAUGUAUGUUUAUAGAAUUUGUAUGGGUUCAAUACGUAUAUAACUGAUGUUGAAGAAUGCUGCAAUUAUUAAGAUUGUUGUCAAAUAGCAACCUAAAAGCACAGUCAAAAUUUUAAAAUUGUUUAGAAUUCUACGGAGUAUUCUGGAAUAGUUUAAAUGGUUCCUCAUUAAGAAAAUGGAAUAACAAAUACAGUCAAUGUUUUCCUUUAUAUCUCUAAUAAUAAUCACAAACUACUUACCGGCAAAAUCAAUUAAGAAAUAAAUAACGAUUAGGUAUAUAGUUUCGUUUUGGUUUGAAGUGCACGAGUGUGUUUGAAGAGUACUUUCACGUAUACAAUAAACACAUUCGUGUCUUUCAUACCAAACUGAAAAGUUAUCACUUGUGUUCUUUCUUUAAUUGUUUUAAAGACGCGCCACGGAAUAACUGUAUUCUUUUGUAUUUGCAUGAUGGUACAUUUGUAAUUAUAUAUGAUAUGCAUUAAGAAAUGGAGAAAUUUAUGUUUCCAUUUUUAAACUGACAGUGACAAAUAUUUUGCCAAGACAAUGUGUUUAAGUUGUAAACAUUUCAUUAAAUGGUUAUAGCAGUAUGCACAUCGUUUAAUGUAUUAAGCUGAGUGAAUACCAUAUUUUGUUUCUAUAGGGUAAGAUAGUUAUUUAUAUUUGUUUAUUAAAGUCUGUGCUCAAAAGACUAACUAAUUUCUUAUGAAUAUGUAAAAUCAUAUUAUUUCAGAGAGGGCCUGAAUUGUCCUCCUGUCAUCUGGUAGAAUAGUUGUAUUAUACCAGUAUUAUCAGAAUCAUUUUCACGAACUUCCUGUGGGAGGAAAAAGUGGGUCACUAGGUUUAGGUGGGUCUUUAACCGAUCCGUCGUCAAUCUUGUCCGUUUGAAUAACAAACGCACUAACGAUGUCAUAACAAAAUCUGUAAAUAGUUGUUUUAACGCAACCAGGCAAAAUAAUAUCAGACCCUAAAGUAUUUUUUUUUAUUUCAGAGACAGAAAUAUAUUUUUAUUUCUAUAAGAGUUGUAUCUGAGUAUAAGUGAAUGAGGAGUAGACAGCUCUUUUCAUUAUGUUAUUUCAAUUUUGAGUAUGUUAAUAAAGCUUUAUAUUGGCAAUGUUCUAUAAAUGUAGCUUAAUAGCCUGCUAUGAUAGUUCAACUUGGUAAUAACAAUUACCAGCAGGUGCCAGAACUUUCAUAAGAAUACAACUUUGAUCUGCCGUUAUCACGAAUGUCCUCGAGUCAAUUAAAUGUCUAUUAAUUAUCUAAAAUAAAAUGGAAUUACAAAUGUUUAUAAUGGUGC